AUGAAAGACACACAUGGCAGAAGAAAAGGAUUCAUUCUUACAGCAUUUCUGGUGAGCCUGAUCGCGUGGACUUUGUACAAACCGUUACCCGAAGAUUUCACUGAAAAAUUUCUUGACAAAUUUACGAUGCAUUUGAUUGAACCGGCACUCCGCGUCACUUACUAUUGGCCAGCGGAUAAAUUGUGUCCAAAUGCGGCUUGUCGACUUACAUGGACACGUCUGGUAUUAAAUUCUCUUGCCAGGACAAUCGAUCCACGAAUCCUUUUCGAUUCUCAUCCAGAUCUUAAAUUAGCCACCGAAUUUUUCGAUAACAUUGAGGUUCGCACUUACAUUCCAAAAUUCAAUCGCACCACUGAUGGCGCGGUUUUCUUUGUGCACGGCGGAGGCUUUGUGCUUGGAAAUACAGCGAUUUACGAGGGUUUGAUGAGAAGAAUGGCGAAAAUGCUUGGCUCCGUAGUGAUCUCUGUCAACUAUCGCUUAGCUCCAGAAACAAUCUAUCCAGGCGGCUUGGAAGAUGUUGAACGAGCUUUGAUCGAUUUCAUCGACAAUUCAAGAGAUUAUGGGGUGGACCCGGACAAAAUCGUGAUAAUGGGCGAUUCAGCUGGAGGAAAUCUGAUAGCCGCCACGGCACAACGCCUUCGCGCCAAGCCUGAGUAUCGUUUAGCUGGACAGGUUCUCCUCUACCCUCUCCUUCAAUUUCACAAUCUUCAAACUCAAUCAUUUCUUCACUUUCACCGCGAUCUCAAUGGAUAUGCUCUUGUUGAUCCAACUUCCCUUGCUUAUUACUACAUGUGGUAUGCUGGAAUUGACGUAUCGAAGAACCCCGAGUUAGCCCAUUCGGCUAUCACAAAUGGUCAUCUCUCUGAUCGAGUUCAACGCGAGACUUCCGAUAUUUUUGAUUUCUCAUCACUUCCCAAACAACUCGAUCACAAGAUCAAGAAGAAAAUGCCAAUGAAAGCUAAUAGAGAAGCGAUGCUUCUGAUGGAAGAACACUUGUUGGAUCCAUCGUUCGCUCCAUUGGUGCAACGAAAUCUCACCAAUCUCCCGACAACUCUCAUCGUCACAUGCCAAUUCGAUAUCCUUCGAGAUGAAGGAGUUCUCUAUCAUCAACGUCUAGUCGCUGCGGGUAUCUCUUCCAAAUGGAUUCAUUAUGAAAAGGGAUUUCAUGCAAUGCUCAAUUUUCACAAUGAACUUUAUCUUGCUCAAGAGUCACUUAAGGAAAUUGUUGAUUGGACAUUAGAAACGAUUAAACAAGUU